UUGAGCUGCGCAUGCGCUCUUUUGAGGAGCUUCCUCCUGAAAUUUUAUGGACGGCGAAACAACACGCUGAAAUUUUUCGAGAGUAGCAGCGAUUUUCUGCUUCUUUGUUAAUUGGUAUUCAUGACCAGACUUCAAGAUGGAUGAGGCUCAGUGGCUGAACCUGAAGAAGCACCUUGCUGUGUACAUGGUGGAAGUGUACUGCUGCAAGUUGUGCAAUGACUUUUCGUCCACUCACAAGACUGUGGUUGCAUCUCACAUGCACAGUAUGCAUCCUGGAGAUGUGGUGGGUCUAGUGAAACUUGACCCUGAUGAACCCGGCACUGUGGCUGAUACCGAGGUGCAGGCAGCCGAGGAGGAAGAUAAUGGAAUGAAAGAGGAAGCUGCAGGGGAAAGCACAGACCUGGCGUUUGCCAGGCAGGUGGCUGAAAGCAAACAUAUUGAGAAGGAGAUCUUGCAGAUGCUCCAGACAAAUAGUGAUGUGGGCUUCCAAACAGUUGGUGAGGAAACAAAAAUGCUGCAGGGGGAAAACAAGGAAAACAAACAAUCCAAGAAAAACAAAAAGCGUAAGAAAUCAAAGAAGAGUGAGGGAAGCAACAAAAAACCAAAGAGGAAAAACAAGAAGAUGUGCAAGAUGUGUGGGUUCACAACAAAGUCUUCAGAAGAAUUCAAAUCCCAUCUCGAAAGGCACUAUGAUGAUCCCAGCAGUCGCGUGUGUGAGGUUUGCGAGACUGUAUUUGAUACAUACAAGGCCCUUAUGAAGCACACCAGGAAAGGAUGUCCCCCCUCACAUCCCCGGAUCUAUAAGUGCGAGGAGUGUGGGAAAACUUGCCAUGACCGCCGAGCCAUCAUUGAACACAUGGUCGUUCAUUCAGAAGACAGGCCCUAUGCGUGCCAUAUUUGUGGCAAGUCGUACAAAACAAAAAAGAUCUUACGUCGUCAUGAAGGAAUCCAUGCCAUGGCCAGGGACGUCUUCCAGUGCCCAGAAUGUACCUUCAAGACCCACUGGAAGACCAACAUCAAGAGGCAUAUAAUGGAGGUCCACAAAAAAGACUCUCGUCCUCUUUACUCCUGCACUCACUGUCCCUUUACCACGCCCAACAAAAGAUACAUUGAGAAACAUAAGUUUGGUCACUGGAAGGACUGCCCUUACAUGUGCGAAAACUGUGGUAAGAUGUUCAAAGCAGAGAUAGACCUCGAGGCGCAUAAACAGACUCACAUCCAACCAGAUAUUGCCUGGCAGCUCAUCCAACUCCAGAACAGUGAGCCCCAACUUGUAGAGGAGACCAUCGUCCAGUACCAGCCGCAGCUUCAGAUGCAUACGCAGGAGAUUCAGAUCCAUGACCAUGAUACCAAUCUCCAAGCUGUUCAGGUCACCAUGAAUGAGCAGGAUGAAGCUGCUAAGACUAUUGUCCUUUCACAGAUCCCUGUUGUGCAGUACUUGGACAUUGUGACUGGAGAUGUACAUGUGUCUAGUCAAGAAUAACCACAUUGUGUGUUUUUUUUUUUCAACAACAAAAAUAUUGUGCCUUACACCUGAGAAACAUAAUUUAUCUUUUAUUUGAUGAAAGUCAAAGUGAAGACCUGAAAAGCCUCCCAUUUUUCAUCUUUUAUUAUUUAUUAAAGAUAAAGAUUAUGUGGUAGAUCAAAAUCACAAGUUUGGUUGACUUUCUUUCUACAGUUCAUACAUCUGUUCUGUGCAUCAGUGAAAGGGGAAAGAGUAAGAGGCGUGUAGGCCCUGUAAUGGACACACACAAUUGAUCCAGGAACUCCUUUCUGUCUCAAUAUGUUCACUCUUUAUUGCUUCUGAAUCUAAUUUUAACAUCUUGUAUAAAAUGUUGCUUUUUACUAAGCUUUAAGAUUUUGCUUUCUUCAGAAGUUUAUUUCUUUGAUAAAAUGUGAGGGCUCAUCUAUUAAUUUUGUUAAAAAUUCAAACAUUCCAAAUUGAUAUGGUACUGUUUUUCAUGUUUUACAAUGAAGCUUGUUUUUGUGAAAUAUCCACUUGCCUGCAGGAAUUAUUUUGGACAAUAACAAACUUUUUAUAAGGCUGGAAAAUAUGUUUUCUAGCAGUCACUACACAACUUUAUUGAUACAUCAGAUCUUUCCUUUAUGGCCAGUAGCAAAGGGUAAAAAGACCGCUCAAGGGAAACAAGAAAAUCAGUCUUUAUGAGCAGGUGAUCUUUAUGUACAGGUUCCUAUCAUACAUCAAAGGGCAAGUCCACUCCAAAAAUAUCUAACUUACAAUAGAAGCAGAAAAAUCAG